AUGGAUAAAAGUACCUUUGGCUCUGUAAUUGAUGCCGUCUUUAAGGUCCUGAUAGACGGAAAUGCUGAUGAUGAGACUGUGCUGGCUGCAUUACUGCACGAUAUUGGCCAGUUUGUAACCUCUCCUGAUCACAAAGAAAUGCUUUUUGAUGCAGCUGCUCUUACUGAUCUUGAUCCUGCUGCUGCUGCUGCUGCUGCUGCUGAAUCUUCUGCCUCUGUUUCUGGGUCUACUACUGCUAUUAACUUGAAUACCCCAAAUAAGAAGAAAAUCAGCGUGGGCGUCACUGGCCACGAACGGAUUGGUGCAGAGUACCUCCGAAGUCUCGGUUUUUCGGAGAAAGUUGCUGUCUUGGUCGAGGCUCAUGUGCCUGUGAAGCGGUACCUCACCGGCAAAUAUCCAGAGUACUACGAUGGAUUGAGUGGUGCAAGCAAACUGUCACUGAAGUACCAGGGGGGACCAUACACGGCUAAAGAGGUUGCACUGUUUGAAAAAGAUCCAUUAUUUGAAUUAAAGGUCCAAGUGCGCCAGUGGGAUGAUGCUGCCAAGGUUGUUGACCUCAAGGUUCCUGGUCUGGAAUACUACAGACCAAUGGCAAUUCGACAUCUUGAGGAACAGGCCAGCAAUCGAUGUUCAGUUGUGGUUUGAUAUCAAGACCAUCAUUAUUAUUGUCAUUUCUUUUGUUACUAAUUAAAUAUUAUUGCCUUUAGGAUAUACACAAAAACAUUAAUAAAAUAAAAGUUGAGAUUAAGGAUAAUAAUCCAAACCAAGGAC